AUGACCCCACUCUUGUCUUGGCGUUGCCCUUGCGGGACAGGCGGCUGGCGGGAGAGGUGGAUGAAUUCUGAGUGCAAGCCAGACCUGGGGAAGUUUAAACUCACUGCUGGGAAGUUUUAUGGAGAUCCAGUGCGAGAUAAAGGUCUACAAACUACUGAAAAUUCUAAGUUCUAUGCUAUCUCCUCACGAUUUAAACCAUUUAGUAACAAAGGGAAGACUCUGGUCAUCCAGUAUACUGUGAAACACGAGCAGAAGAUAGAUUGCGGUGGGGGAUAUGUUAAGAUUUUUCCCUCAAACUUGGAUCAGAAGGACCUAAGUGGAGAUUCACAUUAUUACAUCAUGUUUGGGCCAGAUAUUUGUGGAUCUGAGACAAAGAAAGUCCAUGUUAUUUUAAAUUACAAGAAUAAACCCCAUCCAAUCAAGAAACCGAUCAGAUGCAAGGUUGAUGGAUAUACACAUCUAUAUACUUUGAUUAUAAGGCCAGAUCAGACUUACGAAGUAAAAAUUGAUAACGAAAUGGUUGCAUCUGGCAACUUAGAAGAUGAUUUAGAUUUUUUGCCACCGAGGAAAAUUAAUGAUCCAACAGUGAGGAAACCCACGGACUGGGAUGAUCGCAUCCAAAUUGAUGAUCCAAAUGACAUCAAGCCUGAGGAUUGGGAUGAACCUGAAUACAUCAUGGACACUAGUGCUGAGAAACCCGAAGACUGGGAUGAUGCCGUGAAUGGAGAAUGGCAUUAUCCUAUGGUCAAGAAUCCUCUAUACAGAGGGGAAUGGAAACCAAGGCAGAUUGAUAAUCCAAAUUAUAGAGGAGUUUGGCCUCAUCCACAGAUUGACAAUCCAAAUUACUCGCCAGACUUCAGUAUCUACAGCUAUGAAAAUAUCAGCAUCAUUGGACUGGAUAUAUGGCAGGUGAGAGCUGGCACAAUUUUUGACAACUUCUUGAUAACAGAUGAUGAGGUUUAUGCAAAAGACUUUGGAGAUGAAACGUGGGGAGAAACGAAGGGUCCUGAAAAGGAAAUGAACAUAAAGCAGACUGAGGAAGAGCAGGAGAGAGAAAGGGUUACAGAAGAAAAAUACUUUGAGCAACGGUUUAAGAAAAAGCUAGAGAGAAGGAAAGAAUCUGGAAAGGCUAGAGCAUUUUCUGCUGGGAAUCCAUUAUACGAAACUUACUACAAACAGGUAGAUCCAGCAUAUACGGGGAGAGUUGGGGCAAGCGAAGCUGCGCUGUUUCUUAAAAAAUCCGGUCUCUCUGAUAUUAUCCUUGGAAAAAUAUGGGAUUUGGCUGACCCGGAGGGUAAAGGAUACUUGGAUAAACAGGGUUUCUAUGUCGCGUUGCGCCUCGUAGCGUGUGCACAGAAUGGCCAUGAUGUUAACCUGAGCAGUCUGAACUUGACUGUGCCACCUCCUAAAUUUGGUAGUUAA